AUGGAAACAGCAGUAAGAAAGGCAACAAGACUUGAAUAUCGACCACCAAAACAAAAGCACUUGAUCACCUUGAGAAACAUCACUCUGGAGAGUCCAUCAAGUAUUGAAAAGAUGUUAAAAUUACUUGAAAAAAGACUUGGAGAAGGCUAUUGGAUCAUCACGUUCAAGGUGCUCAUCAUUUUGCAUUAUCUGAUUCGUGAAGGAAACACACAAAAAGUAGCAGAGGCAAUUUGUAUGCGUCGACCUCAAACCUUUGACAUUAGUAAAAUAAAGAAUAAGAAGUUAGUUCCAGGAACAAUUCAAAAUAUUUACUUGUACAAAACAUAUUUGGACAGAAGAGUCACUGCUGUUGGUGAAUCUCAAAUAGAUUACACAAAGAGCGGAACCUUCCGACGACUCGCCUUGUCCGAAGGAUUGUUUGAAGAAACGAUCAAGCUACAGCAGCUACUUGCUUGUGCGUUGAGUUGUAAGUUUUGCUUAAACGAAGGAGACCCUGCUAUUUCUUUAUUUGCCUAUCGCUUGGUCAUUGAGGAUAUUUUCAAUCUAUUCCAAGCUGUGAAUGAAUCCAUAAUAAACAUACUCGAACAUUACUUUGAAAUGACCAAAUCGGAUGCUUUAAUGUCCAUUGAGCUAUACAAGACAUUUUCUACAGAGACUCAGUCAGUCACCGAGUUUUUCAAUGCGGCAAGACCAUAUGAAGGUGCACUAGAAAUGAAGCUUCCACCUUUAAAUCAUGCACCUACUACGCUUAUUGACACAUUAAAAGAUUAUAUUGAAGAACUAGAUAAACCAUCUCCAGAAAUAACGCAUCAAGACACAACAGGCGUAAAUCCAAAACCAUUUCCUCCUCGCCUUAACCUUCCAACAGAUAAUAAUCCUUUUGCGGCACUUGACUUGCCUCCAACAAACAAUGAACUGCCACUGCCGUAUAUGCCAAUAGCUAGUCCUACCUAUUUUCCUCAGCCUUCCUCACCAGGAGUAUCCCUACAGCGUAGGAUAACGAACCCUUUUUCUCCAGUGUAUAUGCAGCCUACCGGUCAAUCACAGCAAUUACCCUAUGACACCAAUCCGUUUCGAGCCAUGUGCUUUCAAGAUCCUCGACAGGAUCCUUUUUCAUCUACGCCCAGAUAA